AUGGAUUUAUACCUAACCUCGUUCAGUUUUCCUCGCAGCCCAGGCAGUGCCGCGUCUCCCAACGGCACGUCCCCUACAUCAGCAAGUGCUCUCUCACCUGAUGCGCGUGUAGUAGGUAGCCGUGCAGGCAUCGCUGUGCCUGCGUCCAAAUCCUUGGCGCCUGGCGCUUCACGACCCUCUCUCGAGCCUGAUGCAGAGCUGGAUACCCACCUCAGCACGUCUCCGUUCUCUUCCCGCUCAAGUCCGGGUGGUCGGCGUGCUAAGAUGCACACGGAUGCCGUCAAUGAGGUGUGUGCUCAAGUCAUGGCUGCGCAUCAAUGUAUUAUUCAAGCUACUCCCUCCGGCGAAGUGGAUGCACCACUAGGCACAUCACCCCGCUCGCCGCUCGGACCAUUGCCUUUGUCGCAAUCGCCCUCUGUGGCCAUGGCUUCGGGGGCCCUGUCUACCUGGUCAGACUCUACCUCCGUCCCCACGGAAUCUACCGUGCCUGUAAUGGGCUCUGCCCCUAUUCUCUCACGCGGCCUGCCACGAUUCAGUGUCACGUUGAGUGGUACACAGACCUAUGUCAAUGAAGCUUGUGGUGAGCUCUUGCAGCAGCUUCCUUUGCCAUGGACAUUGCAGCUGCCGUUGCCUUGGGUGGAUCUCGUGGAUCCUAUGGUGGAUAGCUCCGCAUCAGCCCCCUUGCCUUUGCAGCAGGAUGUGCGUGAACGAUUCGAUCGAAUUAUGCAACAAGCCAGCACGAUGCUCAACGUGGCGCCUCUCGAUGUCCAAAAUGUGGAAGCGUGUGCUGGCAUGGUGAAGCAGCGAUACGUAAUGCUUACCAUUGCUGGCAAUGUCGAAGCCAUUGAGUAUGCGCGUGUUCAAGUGCUUGUCAUGCUCGACGAAAAGCAUGGCUUGCAUUCCGAUACUGUGGACAUUGACUGCAAGCACUUGCAUGUUGGUGCUGGCCGUAAGCGUGCUGUGAUCCAGCAAAUCGAGCGUGAAUCUGGCGCAAGUUUGUAUCUUCCGACGCCCUUUGGUGGCGUACUGCAAAGCCAUAUGCCACCUGCUGUGGUCUCCCGCCGCAACACCGUAUAUGUUACGGGGUCCACGGCGGCGAUUGCUCGGGCUCGUGAACUGCUUCAGCCCCUGGCGACCAACAAGGGACGCAGUCUGGUCUCACGCCAGGUUGCGCUGAUGCCACGCAAGCUUGACUGGCUUCUUCAAGAGCGCCUAGAGUCUCUGCGUGAGCUCAUGCUGGACAACAGCACAUAUCUGGAACUCCCUGUCAUUGGCGGGCAGCAGGGCCAAGUGACGGUGUAUGGUGUAUCGCGCGUCGAUGUGGAGCGAAGUAUCCGUAUUUUGAUGCAGUUGGUGUCACCGUUCUACACGGCGCAAUUGUUUUUGUUGCCGGGCGGCCUGGAAGCCCUGGGCUUGGCGUCGAACAAGGACCCACGGGCAGUGACAGCUCUGUUGUCUUCCACCACAGGUACUUCUGGCGCUGACGUGUCGUUCCAUACCAAUGCCUUUGAAAUUCACGGCACAGAUUCGGAGGUGCGAACAGCGUUGCGUCAUUUGCUGCGCCAGCCGAACCUGAAACACUAUGCAGGGGAAGUGCGAUUCCAGCUGGAGUUGGCCACGGACCACCGCGAGUUUAUUAGCGGCAAGAAGAACGGUAAGAUCAACAAGAUCAUGGAAGGGUGUGCGGUGCGCAUUCGUUUCGAGCCGUUUAACGACUACAACUUCCUGAUUGAUGUCCAUGGCCGCGAGGCUGAGGCAGCGUUACAGGGACUAAGUCAGCUGCAAGAAGAGCUGCCUGCGGAGAUGUCGUUCCAUGUACCAGAGUCGUACCACAAGCGCAUCAUUGGCGUGGGAGGCAAAAACAUUCAACGCAUCAUGAAAAAGUUUGGCGUGUAUGUCAAGUUCUCCAAUGCCGAAGAGUUUGCCGCGUUGGGAGGGUACAUUGAUAUCAAUGACAAUGUCAUUGCUCGGACUCCCUCGAAGAAUGCGCCCAACCUGGAGAAUCUGAAGAACUCUGUCAUGGAACUCGUAAGUCCCAAAGACAAGGACUUUGUGACGGAGACUGUGUCUGUGCCGCGAAAAUAUCACCGCACUUUGUUGGCCGACAAGAGCCAGAUCCUCAGCGAUAUCGAGCAUCGUACGCGUUGCACAGUACGUCUUGCUCGUAAGGAGUCUGCCCUGGACACAGUUCUCUUGUUCGGUCCUGAAUCGCAGAUGGCGUCGGCUGUACAGAUUCUCCUGCAGCAAAUUCCCGUGGAUGUGGAAUGGUCUGUGGCCAAUUCCCACGAAAUGGCUACGCUGCUCGAUUCGCCAGGCUUUCAACAGCUUGUCGAGCGCAUCCGCGCAGACAUGGGCAUAGAACUGCAGGUGGCUUCCCGUGCCCAGAGUGGACAAGGUGAAUGUACCUUUGCCAUGGAACUGCCUCGCGGCAACUUGGAUAAACUGUCUGCAGCGAAAGGCAUGAUGGAAGAGCUGUGCACAAAGCAACAUGUCCGACUGCACGCUCUGCCCAUGGAAACGACUUCUGUGCCUGAGCCUUUCUCGGCUGCGGUGAUGCCACCCUUUUCUACAUCGCGCUUCUCCCCCAGCAAGGCGGACGGUAUAGAGCUAUCGACGUCCGGCUCAUCGGCGUUGUACGAUGAGCCGCAUCUUCCUGCCUCAUCCCCAGCUGCUGUCACACCUACUUCUAGUGCUGCGCCAGGCCUGGCGCCGCCGCCUCCGCCGGGCACUGGGACCAAAGACCUGAAAGCGCUCUUUGACCAGCCUGACGCGGCUUCGACUGUGCCAUUUGAAGGUACCAACACCAAUACCCCUUUGAUGUCGCCCUUUUAUACCCCUGGGUAUGCGGAGAGCACCAACCUCUCUUCCCAGGUCUGGGGCGCACCCCUUCCGUCGUUCCAGGACAUGGGACCCCCUGCGCCGAAGUCCACUAGUAUGUUCAGCCCAUUCUCUUCUGGGCCGAUACCAUUCUCCUUCGCGGCGAACGAUUCUUCGCUGGGGAAACAAGAUACCGUGCGACCCCCUACCUCGUCGUUCCAUUCUCAGAGUCCGCUACGUCGCUCCGAACCUAUGAAUUCUCGUUCUCAGGGUGUGGAUGUGGGCAACUUUAGUGCACCGCUCUCGCGCACGUCGCUGAGUGUUCGCUCUCCCUCGGAUUUGGGUACGGAUAUUGACGGUUUUCAUGCUAUGAGUGAUGCGACGUCUCGUUCUAGCCUCGGCAUGAUGGGACCUCCCGGUAGCGCCCCUGCGAUGCCCCGUGGGCCCUCUUUGACUAUGCAGUCGCGCAGCUCUAUUUCGCCCGCGGCUCCCUCGGAUACCAUGGAUGAAGUCUCUCGUGUUCUCGCUCAAAUUGCGUUUGACAAGCAGUAA